UGUUUAUAUUUGUACUUUUUAUUUUUUUGUUCAUAGUCAUUGUUUGUAGAUUUUUAAAAAAAUAAUGGGUAGAGUUAUGUGGGCUGUGUCUCGGGAUGUAGGUUUCGCCUUGUUGUCGACCCUGUUUUCAAGUUUCAUCACGAUUAUGUUUCGACCGUCCGUCCUCGGUUUCGACUGCAGAAAUUUUUCAAUUAUGUAUCCAAAAAAGGAAUCGACGAUAGGUGAUACAAAUAUGCGCAUAAUAUCUGACGUAUUUCCUAUAUGUUUUAUUAUUGUGUAUGAACUGAUAAAUUGCUCGUUAAGUAAAACUGCGCGGGUCGUGAGCAAGUCGGCCAUCGUCUUGAAUGUGCUCAACAUGGCAGCAGUGUAUCAAACGGCUUACAACACACUAGAAGGGAUCGGAAAUGCGAUAAAAUUGUCUGCCGGUGAACUCAAGCCGUAUUUCUUCGAGGCGUGCCAGCCGGAUGUCAACUGUUCGGAUCCGUCGAUCAAUUCGCAUUUCGUCAAUGAUUACCAUUGUGCCGGGGAUAUAUACAUUGUGAAUGCGGCGAGGAUGUCAUUCCCAUCCCAGCACGCCUACUCCACAACAAUGGCGAUAGUGUACGUAUGUUUGUUCGUCGAUCACAAGAUAAAAUGGGAAGGGAUCAAUAUCGGAAAGAGAUUGUUCCAGUUUUUACUUAUUUCAUUGGCGAUGUUUGUCGGUUUAUGCGGGAUUGUCGACCAUCAUCACCAUUAUGCUGACGUCGCCGUUGGAUUCUGCCUGGGCACGGUGACUGCAUUCGUUGCCAGUCAUGCCACGGAAUGGUUCGACAUUUAAUGAAGUCCAUCUAACGAAAGAUUUAAAAGAUUAAAUUGUAGAAAAACACA